CGUCGUGCAGGCACCAAGUUAAUAAGGGUUGUGAAACUCUGCUGCUAGUCCAGCACUGGCUGGAUCCUUCCUGCAAUCUGCACUUGUAGUCAAAACACAAAGGCAGCGAACAUGACUGAGCCAAGGGAAGGGAGUAUUGUGAUUAUUGGAAGUGGUCUCAUUGGUCGCAGCUGGGCCAUGGUGUUUGCGAGUGGUGGCUUUAAAGUUAGACUGUAUGAUAUUGUGAAAGAACAAGUCGCCGCUGCUCUGGAGGAUAUACGGAAGCAGAUGGAGGAACUGAGAAAAUCAGGAAUGCUAAGGGGAAGUCUGAGCUCCGAGGAGCAAAUCUCUCUGAUCAGUGGUUUCAGUGAUUUAAAGCGGGCAUUAGAGGGCGCCAUAUUUGUUCAAGAAUGUAUCCCAGAGAAUCUGGAAUUAAAGCUGAAGAUAUUUUCUGACAUAGAUCGUCACAUCAACGAUUCCACCAUAAUAAGCAGCUCAACAUCUUGCCUCUCACCAACAAAGAUGUUUAAUGGUCUCCGACAUGUCAAGAACUGCAUAGUAGCGCAUCCCGUGAAUCCACCAUAUUAUGUUCCCUUGGUUGAACUGGUUCCCCACCCACAGACAGAAGCAGUCACAGUGGAGAGAACAUACGCUCUCAUGAAGAAAAUCGGUCAGUCACCUGUAAAAUUAAUGAAGGAGACUGAUGGGUUUGUGUUGAAUCGGCUCCAGUACGCGGUGAUCAGCGAGGCAUGGAGACUUGUCCAGGAUGGAGUGAUAUCACCGAGGGAUGUGGACACUGUCAUGUCUGAAGGUCUUGGGAUGAGAUACGCUUUUCUAGGUCCCCUGGAGACUGCACACCUCAAUGCAGAGGGGUUUAAAAGCUACUGUGAACGCUACGGAGAAGGUAUAAAACGUGUUUUGGAAACGUUUGGGCCAAUACCAACUUUUUCAGGAGAAGUUGCAGAAAGAAUUGACCAGGCAUUGUGGGAGGAGCAGUCCGAAAAAGCUGAUCAGCUUAAGGCAUCGAGAGAAUGGAGAGAUGCAUGUUUGAGUCACCUAGCCAAGCUGAAGAAAGAGAUGAAAAAGAACUAAUUCAUGUUUGCGUCUCGAUGAUUCCAAAUGUCAUUCGGUGCACGGCUUACUAAUCCCCUGCUCUUGGCUCAGAUACAUAAAUUUGCUGCCAAAAUGGCAAAGCGGUGUAUUAGAUUACAGCAAAAAGUAUACAAUGAAUAUAUCUGGGGUGAAAAGAUUUUUUGGCUUAUAGUGUUGCCUGAUUUAUGAACUCCAUGCCUGAUCAUGAACCUAUAUAGAACAAUACUACGAAAUAUCCCGGGACCAAUUACUAAAAAAAAUUCCAUUGGACAAAUUUUUGACUGAACUAGAAUUUUUAUUACUGGAGACAGUGAUUGCCUACUUGGAAACCUUCCUUAUUACUAUCUACAAGUAACAGACGCUCUAGAUGGAUCACGCCAUAUAGUUUUUGCCUAUACAUUUCAUAUGACCAAAAAUAAUCCCAGUAGUAGAGAAUCCAAAAACUGCUUAUGCAUCUGGAAAAAAACAAAUUUUCUUCUAAAAACACCCCCUUAGUUGUACAUGGGCCGUAUCACAUACUGCAGGAUAGGUCCAUAUAUAAAUCUGAUAUUAUAAAGUUUUUUUUUUUGUUUGUUUGAGACUUAGGGUCUAUUCAUACGGCAGAAUUUCGGCUUGCGGAAUUUUGCCUCAAAUUAAAACCCCUUUCCUUCUUUGGGAUUCCGCACUCCCAUUCACACUUCUGAAUUUCCGCAAGCGGAAAUUCAGAAAUGUGAAUGGGAGUGCGGAAUCCCAUAGAAGUCUAUGGGCUUUAAUUUGAGGUGAAAUUCCGCAAGCGGAAUUGGAAAUUCUGAGGUGUGAAUAUACCAUUACGGCCAAAGAUGCUGAAAAGGGCAUCUUUCGAUUUGGCGGUCUCAACACUAACAUGCACAGUAUUAAAUGUGCUAAAGCUAAGUUUCCACAUGGUGUUUUGACAGUUUAUUUUUUUUUUUUAUCUUUUUUUCCUGGGAAAAAACUAGUUUUUGUGGUAUUUCUGGCAUUUUAGCCUUUGUAUGAAAAAUGCUUUUUUUUCUCUCCUUUGGCAGUUUUUCCAGUACCUGUGCCAGCCCCCUUUUUUAAAGGGGUACUCCGGUAGAAAACACCUGCUGCCCGUAACAGGAAUCGUCCAGGAAUUGCUCUGGACAGUUCCUGAUAUGGGCAGCAGGUGUCAGCAGAGAGCACUGUGGUCAAGACCAAAAAGAAAUUCAAAAAGUAUAGAAUUUUCUCUGUAGCAUACAGAAGCUAAUAAGUACUGGAAGGGUAAAGAUUUUUUAAUAGAAGUCAUUUACAAAUCUGUUAAACUUUCUGGUACCAGUUGAUUUAAAAAAAAGGUUCUCCACUGGAGUACCCCUUUAACUCUUAUAAAAAAAUAAGAAGUAAACACGCUGAUGUAAACACCCACAUUGUGUAUUAAUGGCGGUUUGUCUCUUUCAUAAACUUCUGUAGGAAAGAAAUGCCAGGAUUUUAGUGAAAAAAAAAGACAUAAAGCCCAAAAUUGCUGAAAACAGCCAAAGCGAAAAACACCAAGUAGGUUUGGCAUUUCAUAAAUUUCUGUGAACAUCUGUCGGCAGCGCUUUUGGCGUUUUUGGAAAAAAAAGUGCAAACCCAACGUUUCCCCUGCAUUGGCCAUAUGCACAGUCUAGGCUGUUUUGGCUGGAUAUAAAACCACUUAUUCCUUUAGGUCAGUGAUUCCCCACCAGGGUGCCUCCAGCUUGUUGUCACCUGUUUACGUGAGGUGAAAAGUCUUUGGUGCUGUGUUCAUAUGUUGCAGUAAUGUUGUUACCCCAGCUAAAGAGCACAAGCGGGUUUUUUGCGGGACUUAAAACCCCCUUACAUAUAUAUUAAUGUUCGGGACGCAUUUACAUUACAUACAUUUUGUGAGCCCCUUUUAAAUGAAUAGGACAGUUGCAGAAAGUUCUGUAACCAACCUGCCACGUGUGAAUAUACCCUUAGUAUUGUUUGUGCAGUAGAAGUCAUAAAGGAGUUGUCUGGGAUUUGUAGAAAAUGGCGUACAGGCUAAAAUCUCCAUAUAAUAAAAAAAACUUUAUUCACCUUCAUUAUUUACCUUCAGAUAUGGCGCCACGUACAUUGUUCACAUGACUCUGCAGCCAUUCCCUGGCCUCCAUGGUCAAGUUCUGUAAAUGCAAGCAGAGACCAAUAGGGCUAGUGACUGAGGGUGCAUUCACACCACGUUUUUACAAUACAGUUCCCGUAUAUGUUUUCAAUUUGAAAACCGCACGGAACCGUAUUGAAAACCGUAUGCAUUGACUCUCUAUUAAAAAACGUAUGCCAAAGAUGCAUCCGGUUGUGUCCAUUUUGCAUCUUGUACGGUUGUGUCCAUUUUGCGUCUUGUAUGGUUUUAUCCUUUUUUUUUCCCCAUACCUAAAACCUUAGCCUACCACGGUUUUUGGUCCGGGUUAAAAACCGUAUAUGUUUUUUUUUUUAACAUGGGAGUCAAUGGAAACCCUGGAGAACCGUAUGUGCAUACGGUUCCAUCUGGUUUGCACAAUACGUUUUUUUUUUUUACUUUUGCAUAGUUUUUUCUUGGAAUUUCAAUCAAACAAGUGAAACUUUAUUCAUAAUUGAGUGAAAAGUUAAAAACGUAUACGUUUUUUUCUUAAAAACUGAUGCAACCGGACAUAAUUUUUCAAACUGUAUACGGGUUAAAAUUUGUACACAGGUUUUGACUUGAGUUUAGUCCGGUUUUGAGGAAUCCGUUUUUCAUCAAAAACCUGAUACGGGAACUGUAUUGCAAAAAUAUGGUGUGAAUACACUCUGACGGCAUCAUGAUAUGUAUGAUAUGAGUGAUGUCUUCCCACCAGGCCCAGAAGGCAACACUGGAGUGGUGAAGGUGUAUUUAAGGUUGAGUAGAUUAAUGUGGCCUGUACAUAAUUUUCUUAAAAUCCUAGAUAACCACUUUAAACUGAAUUUUUUGUUGUUGCUAUGUUUCCGUCCUAAUUAUCUUGGAAUGCACCACAGAUGACAAAUUCCUUGUACCCCUGGAAGACUCCUCCUGUAUUCCCUAUUGCCCCCUGCUGAGAUAGGGUAUGUUUACAAGACUGGUCCAUGUUUCCACCAUAGAACUUUUGCCGAAUACAGUAGGAAAUGAUUCUUUCCUCUCUCUACUGGGAUCUAAUAUGGCUGUGUAUACAAUCCUUAGGGACAAUGUAUGAGGGGAAGGGAAGUGACAACUGCUCUAAACACAUUUCUGGGUCUGUGGAUCUAUUCAUGCGCAUUCACUGUUGACUUCACAGAUUUUGUUAUCUCAAAACAUUUACUGUAUUGUGAAAAGUUUACUUAACAAUUAAAAUAUGUGAUUUAGCUCCUGAGUUAUCUAUGACUUCCCUGCUGCUCGCCGUCACUUCAGUUUUCUAUUGUAUGUGCUUCUUUAUCAGGGGGACAAGUUGUCAGUAUUGCCAUUAUGUGAUCAAAUGGAUCUUUAUAAUUUUUUAAAACAUUCUCAUCUCUAAAAACAAGGUCAACACAAAACACAGGGGCAGAUUUAAAGGGAACCAAGCAUUAGAUUUUGCUAUAUACAGGGGCAUAGCUAUAGAGGUAGCAGUCACACCGGGGCCCUGGUGCCUAAGGGGGCCCCAAAACACAUCUGCCCAAUAGAAACCAGUAUUAUAAAUGACUUAUGGGGCCCUGUUGCAGAUUUUGCAUCGGGGCCCAGAAGCUUAAAGCUACGCCUCUGACUAUACAGUGAGGCAAAAA